AAAACAGUUAACGUUUGACAGGUAGAGGAAGGACAGAGUCUCACUCACUCAGUCGACAGGAGAGGAGAAGGUGUGAUGAUGAAACAUCUACUGCUGCUAGCCCUCCUCCUUAGCUCUAGUUAUGGGAUAGCUCUGGAGGACCUAAAGGGCCCACUGGAGAACAAGGCAUUACUCGUCCCUGAAACUACCACAGUUCCCCAUAAUAUCUACCAGUUCAAGUCAGCAGCAGAGGGUGUGACUGCAUACAGAGUAAGUGGAGACCUGCAGGGAGUCAGCAUGUCUGAAGACGGCUGGCUUUACCUCACAGAACCUCUGGCCUGGUCGGACAGGGUACCGUACUCACUGCAGAUUGAGGCUCUUGCAGGUGAUGAGACAGUAGAUGGACCAUAUGAUGUAGCCCUGACAGUUGUGGACAUGAAUAACAAUGCACCCACCUUUGAAGAAGAUCUGUACGUAGCAGAGGUGCUGGAGCACACAGCUUCAGGCAUGACAUUUAUGCGCGUGGUUGCAUCUGAUACUGAUGACCCCAACACUGCCAACGCUGCCCUGAGGUACAGCAUUGCCAAACAGAUUCCAAUCACACCAACAGCCAUGUUCCAGAUCGACCCGCAGACAGGGGAGAUCUCCACCACUGAAGAUGGUGCCAAGCUCCUUAAAGCACGUGCAGGGUUGAGGUACGGUCGGGGUGAAGAACACGGCAGCCGUGAAGUACUGGAGAAGAAGUUUGAUGGCUUCUGCUCACCAACUCAUGAUAUUCCAUAUGAGGACAACCCUUUCUUCACUUGCGUGCUUAGACAAGAAUCUCGAGGGGGGAAUGUCCCAACCAGCCCCGACUACACCUUGAUAGUGAAAGCAGAGGAUAUGGGAGGAGCACAGAAUGCUCUGUCUGGCGCCACACGGGUCGAUGUGGUCGUCCGUCAAAACCUGUGGGUAAACCCUGGACCAAUCACUAUCAAGGAGAAUCUGAAAGAAGCAUACCCCAUGCUGAUUGCUGAGGUGACGUCCAAUGACCCUAAUGCAAUUUACAGUUUGGUUCAGAAGGAGAGAGCCGACUUUCCUUUCAGUAUAAACCCUGAUGGAAUGAUCUAUGUUACAGGGGAACUGAACCGUGAGGAUAAAGACAUGUAUACGUUAGUGGUGUUGGCAAAGGAUGGCCAGGGUGUGGAGGUUGAAAAGCCCAUGGAAAUUCUUGUGACUGUGUCAGACGAGAAUGACAAUGCUCCAAUGUGUGGUAAAGAUGUCUUUGAAGUGCAGGAGAACGAGCCCACAGGAAGCUUGGUGGGUAAUUUGGAUGCCUAUGAUGCUGAUGAUGAGAACACACAGAAUGCCCUCCUUACCUACACACUGCUGAGCCCCUCUGCAGAGUUUAUUGUCGAGCCCUUGACUGGUGACAUGAAAGUGGUCAAGGGGGGAUUCCGGCGGUCAGUUGCCCCUGAGUACAGCCUCACCUACUCUGUCAGUGAUGGAGGAGUACCAGCCAAGACUGCAGAGUGCAAGAUCACUGUGAAGGUCAUCGACAUCAAUAAUGAGCUCCCCUUGUUUGAGAAAAAUAAUUAUGGGAAGCUUCCCGUGCCAGAGAACGCUGAACCCGGCACUAAGCUGCUGACUGUCAAGGCAACCGACGCUGAUGACCCCGGCACGGGGAGCUCCAAGGUGGAGUACACCAUUGCAGGCGGUGAUCCUGAUGGAGUCUUCACCAUUCAGUUAGAUGAAGCCACAGGAGAGGGAACGCUCACCAUUGCCAAGCCUCUGGACUUUGAGGAGCACCCCACCUACACACUCCAGAUUCACGCUCGUAACCCUGAGCCCCUGGUCAAAGGGCUGGAGUACGGUGAGGGGUCCACAGCUGUGGUCAUAGUGGGUGUCGAGGAUGUGGAUGAGGCACCUGUGUUCGACCAGGACUUGCUGGCUGUGAACGUCCCAGAGAACCUGACCGUGGGAGCCACGGUGCUGAACAUCAAGGCCCACGACCCAGAAGGAAAGGAGAUCAUAUUCGAGCUGGUGGGAGAUGAGAGAGGCUGGUUUGCGAUUGACUCCUCAGGGGAACUGAAGACCAAGAAAGCUCUAGACUAUGAGGAGGUUCAGCAUCUCACUGUAAAGGUCAUCGUCUCUGAAAAGGGUGCUCCAGACAUGAAGACUGAGAAGGAAGUGGACAUCCAUCUGAAUGAUGUCAACGAUAACGUGCCCAAACUGGUGGCGGCCAGGAACUACAUUUGCGUCAAGGACCAUAAGACACCGCUGAUCAUUACGGCGGAGGACAAAGAUGCCGAGCCCUUCGCCGGCCCCUUCACGUUCAGCCUCGGCACCAAGGGCAAACGCUCACCCAACUGGGAGGUCAAGCAAUUGGACGGAAAUACUGCCGAGCUGACCCUAAAGAAGAUCCCUCCUGCUGAUCAGACAUUUGGCGUGCCUAUAAACAUCAAAGACAAUGCUGGAAUGGGGAUUACACACACAUUUAAAGUGGAAGUGUGCAACUGUACCCAGUUCGGCUCAUGUUUCAUUGAGCCCCUCAAGCUUCCUGGGAGACUCUCUUUGGAGGAGACCAUUGGUAUCCUGGGAGGAGUCAUGGGCUUCAUAAUUAUCGUGCUUAUUGUCGCUGUAAAAAGAUCGAAGAAGAAGGAUAAAACGCCAAAUACAGACGAGGGCGAAACCAUGAUGAGAGAAUGAGAGAAUGUUAUUCCUGAUUUAUUUAAUUAAAACAACUCAGGAAUAGGAUGGUCAAACUUAACUGGCUAUUGUGUAGUUCACUGUAGAAAGAAACUCCCUAUACUUUUGCUUUAUUACUUUCUAGAGGGGUGAUCAAAUGAAGUGUCCAAUGUCCAUAUGUUGAAUAGCCCAAGCAUCUCCAAAGCUUUUGCAGCUCGCGUCUUUUCCAUUGAAUACUUGGACCAUUUUGUAUAUCAAUUUCACAAAUAAAGACGUGGAAAACAAAUGUGAUAAAUGCUUCAUUGUUGGGAAUAAGGGAGAUUAUUAGAUGUUAUCUGACCAUAUAGAGAACAGACUAUUUAUGUUGAGGUGAUUAGAUUAAAGAUAUGCAGACUGGACAGCACUUUCAGCUGUUGGGACCUUCAGACCACCAGGAUGAGAAGCAACAGCAGCCUGCUGAGAGCGUGUGGAGUAACCUUGGAACACUUGUGUUGGGCAUCAUGCUGCCGGGCUGCACAUGCUGGGCCCUUUAGAUGAGAAAUCUUAUGAUUUUAGAAUAAUCUUUAGAAACAGUGAAAUACUGUCCAUACAGCCGCUAUGAGGGAGGUAUUGAGGAAGAGGUAUUGAAGUGAGCGUACUCUGUCUUCAUGCCUACAUCUAUUCUACAAGUAAGAAUUGUGGAUUUUCACAAUGAAAAUGACUGCAAAAGAUUUAAAAGAUGAAUACAUGCUUAUACGACUGAAUUUUGAUUGAUUAUCAUGUUUGUACUAUAAACAAUUAUUACAUCCA